GGGGAGGCUCUUGCGCUCCACUCCCAGGCGCCUCCGGGCAUGGAGGCCGCUUUGGUAAAGCCUUUGGUCGCGGAGGUGAAGCCAGGCGCCGUGAGCGCCGAGCUGGAGGUAAAGAAGCUGCAGGAGCUGGUGCGCAAGCUGGAGAAACAAAACGAGCAGCUACGCAAUAGGGCCGCCGCUGCCACCUCCCCUUCUUCAGCGCUUGGCCCGAGCAGCCCUCUGCAGCCGCGGCUGGUAUCCGCCGCCGCCGCCGCCGCACAAGUCCCCCGCAGCAGCUCCCCGCCGGCCGGCGUGUCGAGCCCAGCGCCAGGUCUCGUGUCCCAUGCCGAGCCCUUCGUCUACUUCAAGUCAUCCCCAACCGGGGGACCCCACGAGGCCCUCGCCGCCCCUUCCGCCCUUAUGCCCCCGGCCAGCCUUUUGGAUGAGGUGGAAAUACUGGAUCUUCAGGGACUUAGCUGCUAUGGCCGGGAAGAGAAGGAAGAAGAGCACCAGCCGUUCGAGAAGGAGGAAACCUGGUUAUAUGCUGCACCUGCUAAGGGUAUCAUGCCCCAAGAAAAGUCACUGAGUCCUCUGCAGUGGUGUCGACAUGUUCUUGAUAAUCCAAGCCCUGAGAUGGAAGCUGCAAAACGUUCUUUGUGCUUCAGGCUGGAACAAGACUGCAUUUCUAGAAGCUCCCCUCUAAGUCCCCAGUCAUCUCUAGACAGUGAAUUGAGCACCUCAGAAUUAGAAGAUGAUUCCAUUUCCAUGGGAUAUAAAUUACAAGAUCUCACAGAUGUCCAAAUCAUGGCUCGGCUGCAAGAAGAGAGCCUGAGGCAGGACUAUGCUUCAACUUCAGCAUCAGUGUCAAGAAACAGUUCCAGUGUGUCUCUUCCUUUGGUCAAAAAAGGGACCAGCAGUGAUCAGGAAUUUGAUCGUUAUAGCUUUGAAGAUGAGGAAGAAGAAUUUGACCACUUGCCCCCUCCACAGCCUCGGCUCACACGUUGCUCUCCUUUCCAAAAAGGAAUUCCCCAUUCACAAACUUUCUCCAGUAUACGGGAUUGUAAAAGGAGCCCAAUUUCCCCAUAUUUUCCUUCCAAUAAUAAUCAACAGCAGCCAUUUUACUCUCCUCAAGCCCCGAAUCUUCUGGAGUCUCAGUCAACCAAAAUUAAUGGAUACAAACUCCGAAGAAGCAUGCCUAAUUUAGCUCGAAUGCCAAGUACCCUUACUGUCAAUACCAAUGGCAGCCCCGCAGUUUCUGUGAGGAACAGUCUAAGUUUUGAUUCUAACUUGCAUGGAGCCAGUAAUGGGAUAUCCAGAAUACAGUCUUGCAUUCCUUCACCAGGGCAACUUCAACACAGAGUCCACAGUGUGGGACACUUUCCAGUAUCUGUCCGGCAGCCUCUCAAAGCUAUGGCCUAUGUGAGCCCAACAGUUCAAGGAAGCAACAGUGGCAGUGGCCUUGCAUUGUUCAGCAGCAGCUUGCAGAUGCACUCCAGCACAGGCAUUCCAGUGCCAAACAAGACUGCAAACACAAGCACUGUAACACGUAGUAGUCUUCCUAGGCCUUCCCUGGCCAUAGGUGGAAGCAGUAUACCUAGGAGCAAAAUUGCACAGCCAAUUCGAAGUUUUCUUCAGCCACCAAAACCUCUUUCUUCAUUUACUACUCUACGGGAUGGCAGCUGGAGAGAUGGCUGUUAUUGAUGUCAAGUCAAUCUGAAUCACAUUCAAGAAAUAGCUCAGAUCUCCUACCCAGCUGGCUGGGUAAAUAUGACUUUAGGAGUGCUACAACAUAGUGCUCUUCGUUGUUACUCUGUCCUUAUCAUUGUCACUAAAUAUAUUGCACUUAGUUGUCUGCUUAAGCAAAAAGCAGUAUUACCAAGUUAAUGUUGCAGUUUUCUUAUUUAAAGUUUUAAAAUACAUGCACAAAGUACCUGAAGUGUCCCUCUUGGGGAGUCAAAAUGUGACUUCUGAAUGUUUGGUCAGAAUGAAGUGUUUAGUGUUUUUUUUUUUUAAAUUAGUGUUCCUUGUUUAUUUGCUUUCCUCUCUCUUUAGAAAGGCAUUUUUGACCCUCACAGAUUUACAAAUUAUUAUCUACUUCAUAUUUUUCUUUUGUAGCCUUCCCAAGAAAGCAUAUUUUUUGCACUUAACAUGUUUUUGCAUUUGCUUGAAACAAAGUGUUGAAGAACUUUCUAUGUGCACACCAUUUUUUUCUUUUAAUGAUCAGUUCUUGGUCAGAAUGUAUGUUAAGCAUAUACUCAUAUCCAGUUAGGUCUGUCUGUGCACAGAAAAGGCCAACUUCAUGCAAGUCUCUGCUGAGUUGCUCAAAUAAUUGAUGAAAAUUCUUCAAUGUGAAACAGUAAUUUAAAUGAUACUGUCCAUCUUGCAGGGGGUGGGUGCAGGAACAGUGGGGGAGAAGGAACAGAAAGCAGAGAUUGGAUUUAGAUAAAGACUGAAUGGAAGUAUGACAGUCAAUACAACAUUGUGAAUUUAUGAUAUAACAGUAUGCACUAAACAAGCUUUUAGUUGAAAUUGCCAUAUCUUUGGGUAGUCAUGAGUUUGUUCCCUCAUCUCCUUGUUAAUUUAUUACCACACUGUUCUAUUUAUAAGAAGUGUGUAAAUUGCAUUGCACUUAAAAGUUGCAACGAUCUCUGAAAUAGUCAGAUUUCAAUACUUUAUUACAAAGAAUACACUUGUAGUGUUUUAUUAACAAUUGUAUAUGAUGAAAAUGAAUUCGUUUUCAUGGAAAUACUACAUUUUUGAUAAAACUUUCACAAAACAUUGAAUUGCACUAAUAAAUGCUUUCUUACUACAGAGGAUGGUUUGAAUACUUGACUACAACUUGCAUUCUGCUGAUCUAGAAAGAUUCAGAAAUAAAGAAAUCUAUUUCAGCAAUA